CCAAACGUUAUUUCUUCACCUUUAGAAAUCCACGGUCCCUUUUAUAAUCAGAUAUGGCUCCCAUGACGUAGCAUAUUGGAGAAGCCGGCACAAUCCUGGCUUCUGAAGGGAGGCGAUUCAGAGUCCACAGACCUUGUGAGUUUAGUUACGAACACCGAACAGGCCUAACUUGCGUAUCUGCAACCACGAGGAACGGAAGAUGUCGACACUAUCAAUGCCAGCGUUACAGUUAUUACCAGAGCACCUGGUAAGCACGGGAUUUCACCUUCCCAAAGGUCGGCUGACCGCCAUCUUGCCUGUGGCGGCGGCGGCGGCGGCAGCUUUUGGCGCCUACCUGCUCUGCAAGUCCACCGGCGGCAAGAACGGCAGGAUGAACGAGACCAUCGACAAGGACAGCCCCAAGGUGGUGCACAGCUUCGACGUGGAGGACAUCGGCUCCAAGGCGGCGUACUGCCGGUGCUGGAGGUCCAAGAAGUUCCCCUACUGUGACGGGUCCCACGGCAAGCACAACCAGGAGACGGGUGACAACGUGGGUCCCCUCAUCAUCAAAAGGAGGGACGCCUAGGCACCCGUCCCAUCACGACCUCCUCUACAGACACACCUUCCACCAAAAUCAUCCGAAAGGUUAAAGGUUAAAGGCUAACUGUGAGAGGAGCACAUUUGACAGUUACACCUUCUUGCCGAAGAGCCGUUACAUGGCAUGAGCUCUAAUAAAUAUCAGCCUUUGACAUUAAACGCACAGAAAAUGAAUGAGUGUGUCUUAAUUUUAACUUGAAUGCACUGAUACAAAAAAUAUUUUUUUCUCUGCCUCUGAAGAGCCUUUCCAGUUGCAAAGUGGCAAGCUGUUUGAGAGCAAGAGCCAGUAUUUCCAGUUUGUCCUAAGCAGGGCAUGUUUGUGUGCUCUGUUUGUAGUUACACUUGUGCAGCGUAUGAUUGUAUACCAAAUAUGGCCAAUGAAAUGGUGAAGUGCAGUUUCUUGUUUAAGUCACCUGUAUUUUGAAUAAAUCUAACCUCCUGAUUGAGUUAA